CAUCGUCGCGGCCUGAAUGAUCCUUCUAUCGCUAAUGGCGUCGUCUCCGCCAACGAGGCAAUCUUCUACGAAAACAAACCCUGCCAAGCCGAUUUCCAACCGCCCUAGGGGCCCUAUUGCGGUUUAGUGGUGUCGAUUCCGGGCCUUAGACUGUCGUGAUUCCGGUGGCGUGUCGUUCGACUGGUUUUAAUGAGUGGGUUUUGGUCAGAAACGGCCUCAAUUCGUGGGCGAUCGUCGAGUUCCGAUCGCCUGGAUUUCACAUAAAGAGAGGUUGUGUAGUGGCGAAAACAGCGACGUGAUUGCGAGCGAUACUGGGGCUUUGAUAGACUUCACCUUCCGAACCUUCCCCCUCCCGUGGAAUUCGUACAUUGUUGGAUUGGCUCUGGGUGGAGAGUAGCCAGCCGGCUGCUAGGACUAGCUCGUUUGACACGCUCGACACGCUUGUCUGGCGUCGCAACUCAAAGGGUGGCAGAUCAUCUCAAUCCAUGCCCACCACCCCCCUGAUUGAUGGAUUGAUUGUUGACCAUGUCCGAGGAGAUCGUGUUGUCGGAUCGGAACGUGCCCCGACAGCCACUCGAGGAUGAACUCACACGUUUGUACAGUCAGGGUUUUCUCACGGAUAUCACUUUGUCCACCGAGGAUGGCAAAAAUUUCGAGGCCCACCGGAUCUUGUUGGCCGCUCGCUCUCAGUACUUUCAUUCCAUCGUGCCCCGGUUGAAGGCCGAGCCGGUCAUCUUCCUGAAAGGCAUCAAAGGCGCUCAUUUGGACAAGAUCCUCAAAUUUAUGUACGGCACCCGGGUGGCCGUGUCCAAGCAUCAAUUAAAACCCAUCUUGGAAGUGGCCAAGAAUCUGCAAGUGAAAGGCCUUCAAGAUGUGUCAGCCAGUGAAGUGCUUAGCCGACAGAGUGUGGUCAGUGCGGGCCGAUUCAAGCCCGAUUCGCCGCUGGCUUCGCCCAUCUUGGCCGCUAGCAAAUUGGCUCAAUCCCGACAGAUGCAGUCCACCUUUGAUAAAACCACCCUGGCCACGUUUAAAAGUCCCAUGGGACGGCGAGGUCGGACCAUGAUGAAUGGCUCGCCCACUCCAUCCGAUUCCGAAGAACAGCGGGGAGGAGGAGGAGGCCAGGAAUCCGAUGAUGAAUCUGGACCUCGAACACGAAAAGGUCGGCGAGGACGACCCCCUAAGAAGGACAAGACCGUUUCUAAGGACAAGGGCAAAGGUGAUCCGUACGAAUUCGAAGAAGACGAUGAUAAGAAUGAAGCCAGUCAAAGUGGCGAUGAACAAGACUCCAAUAAGCGUGGCUGGCGAUAUCAAUCCGAUCGAAAACGCAAAGGCGAAGAAGAAGGCGAUGGGUCCGAGCGCACGGGUUCCCCAAGUCAAGACGAAGAAUCCGGAUCUGCCAAGAAAAAGAGGACCAUUUCUGUGAAGUGCAAAGGUAACUUGGCCGAUCUGUAUCCUACUCGCUUCGUAAGCGGCGUGCGAGGUCAAUGCAUCAAAUUCAAGGACCAAUUAAUGACUCCUCAAGAGUUUGAAGUUGCAUGCGGAGGCAGUGGCAAAAAGUAUUUAGAGAACAUUAAGACUGAUUAUGGACCUCUCAAAACCUUGACGGCUUCGGGCAUGUUGAGGCAACUCCAAGGACGAGCGGGUCGAAGCGAGUCCCCGCCGUCGAGAUCUCCCAGCAAAUCAAGUAAACGGCAAAGAGACAACGAAGAGGAGGGCAAUGAAGAGGACGAUGAGGACGGGGAAGAAGAUGAGGACACCGAGGAACGUCAGGAAGAGACCAACGAAGAGGAAGAGGCUGAAGAAGAAGAGGACGAAGAAGAAGAGGUAGAAAGCGAAGUCAUGCAACAGCAGGAAAUGGUGGAGGAGCAGGAAAAGGACACCCAAACUGACGGUCUUAUCAUACGAGGCAAGAAGAAGAAGAAAAAGCACAGAGACGAUUGGAAAAAACAUUUAACCACGCAUUUGAAGACGGAAGUGAUCAUGCACAAUGAGCAUCAGCCCCAUCACCUCCAACCCAUUAUGUUCUCUGGCAGCAAUGACCCUCUUGGUCUGAUGACCUCGAUGCCUCAGCCGACAUUUGCUGCUCCCAAUAUCAUGGAUCAACCCCCCAAGAUCUCACCCGCCAACUUGAUCCAUGAACAUCAUCAGCAACAACAGCAAACUCAGACCCUUUAUGUGAUGAGUCCGCACCCGAGCAUGACCCCUCAGCAUCAUGCCUUUGCCCCUCCUAUGUCGCCCAUGCCUCACAACCCACCCACUCCCAUUCCGAGCUUCUCAAUGCCAGUUGUGUCGAACGCACAGCCCACAUUCGCAAAGCCAUUGACACCAAUUCCAUCGACGCAAUCGCAAAUGUCUCAAAUGGGAAUGAGUGGGAUGGGCUCGUCCCGCAUUGGAAACAUUCUAAAUGUGCGUUGCAAGUCGACCACGGCCAUUUUGGUGGCGAGCAAAUACGAGUCUGGAAGCAAAGGCAAAUGUAUCCAACUAGGCGAUGAGUGGCUCACCCCCAAUGAGUUCGAAGACCGAGCAGGCUCGAAAGCCAAAAAGUACCUCAGCAGCAUCAAAUGCAUGGGUCGUCCAUUGCGAGUAUAUGUCAAUAGCGGGGAGCUCCGAGGGGCCAAUCCACCGCCCCAACCCAAAUCCAAGCAGAAGCAGUUGAAGCAAAUGCCUCACUCCCACCAACAAGCCAUAGCCCCAGCGCCCCUUCAAGGCCCUUCAUUAACGCCCACUCAUAUCUCAAAUGCGCCCUCGAUGCCUCAUGGUCUCAUCAUGAGCGGGAAUCAAACUCCCAUUUUAUUCAACCAAACCUCCAUGGCAAGCUCAAUGAUCGGCAAUCAGCCCAUCAACUUGCCCAUGACCUUUGCCUUGGCCUCGCCACUCGAAGUCCGACAGAACGUAUCACAACCCAUGUAGACACCUCAUAUUGAGCUAAACAAACUGAACCUCAACCCUCGUGACGAUUGGACCGACCCCAGUACAAAAUAUCGCGAGGCCCAUGCAGCAUCCCAAGUUUCCCUAGGAUUCGAGAUUCUCUGAAACCUCCAACUUUUAGUUAUUUUUUUAGUAUCAUCAUGCCAUACUAGUAACAAUCUUUGAUUUUAUGUUAACAUUCAAUGAUAACAAAUUUCUUUUGCAUUAUUCUCAACGUUUGAUGUCAUUUGAUGUUUUCGCGCUUUUUUUUCCCAUGUGUGUAUAUUAAAAAGACAACACAAAUUUACUAUUA